AAAUUCUUAAGAGAAUUUUUAUGUGAUUUGUCGCAUAGUUUUCACUUAAUACUUUGAAUGAUUUGUUUGAUCGAUACGAUAAAUUUCAUAGAAAUAGAUCAUGUUUCAAACAGUGAUACGAUCUACCGUAUUAAGGAAAGUAUCGAAUAAAUUAUCAACUAAAAUUACGCAUAACAUUUUAUCAAGAUACAUUUCAAUUAACUAUAAAAACAAUGUUGGAGGUUAUGAUAACGUAUAUUCUACAAGAUAUAUAAAUAGUAAAAACAAUUUGUUAUUUCAUGUACCUCUUAAUUUGUAUAGUUCACAAGUUGAUUAUAUGAACUUAGAUAGAAAUCUUACCCUUGUAGAAUUUGAAAAGAUUUCAGAUACAACUCUUGAAUCCUUAACAGAAUAUUUUGAGGAUGUGAUUGAAGAAGCUACGCAUUUGGAAGAUUCAGAUGUUUCUUAUGGAGAUGGAGUAUUGACUGCUAAAUUUGGCAAUCCAUAUGGCACAUACGUUAUAAAUAGACAAACACCAAACAGGCAAAUUUGGCUUUCUUCUCCGACAUCCGGACCAAAACGUUAUGAUUUUGUAAAGGGUAAAUGGGUUUAUAAGUAUGAUGAUAAAACUUUGCACGAGCUUUUAAACGAUGAAAUAUCAUCUAUUGUAAAAAAGAAAGUAUGUUUUGACAAAUGUUCUUACAGUGGUAAAGAAUAAUAUAAAAAUAUCAAUAUAUUUUUGUGUAUUAA